UGGUUCAGAAAAUCGACAUGAGUAAUACUUGUUUAUAACAUGCAGGAAUGAAGGGCAAUCUGGAAAAUCGGCACGAGGUGACAUUACUCUGACAGCUAACAAAUCGUACAGUGUAGUGACUGCCUCCACCGAGUCUGCGUAUUAUUUUCCAAUGACCGUCAACAGGGCCUAUUAUGAGGAAACGAGAGGGGCACAGGAUCAACACCCAACAGUUAUUACAAAUGUAGCGUACCAUGUGAGAGAAGAGAGAGCUAAUGGCACGACAGUCGGCGCUGAUGAACCCUACUAUUCCUUUAUUCCUACGUAGCUCCGAGAUCUAUAUCAUCCAAAAGUGCCAUGCACUAGCUGACACUAGCAACAUCUCCAACACAG